AUGCGUACUUUGCAGACCAUUCCCCGAAUAAAGGGCAUCCCGGCCCUGAAUAUAGGUGCAAUAGGUCAAUCUCGACCAGAGGAAACAAGUGGAAGCAGCAAGAGGAGUCCUUCCUAUAGUCUCUCUAGUGGACCCGAGUCCGUGUCGAGACUGGUGGAGAUGAACCGGCACCGCCUUAGUGUCGUUUGGAACGGCAAACUGUUUAUUGGAGGAGAAUAUGUAGCUAGAGAUUUACCUUUACUAAAGCAAUCAGGAAUAACUCAUAUUCUGAACGUUGCUGGCGAAGAAUGCAAUAAUUACUUUCCUAAUGAAUUCGAGUAUUGCAUGGUGGUUAUCCAGGACAGUCGGUUACUUUCCGUCUCACUGGAAUCCGUUUUGUUCGACGGAAUCUGCUUCAUCAAUACGGCAAUUAUGAACGGCGGAAAGGUGUUGGUGCACUGUCGAGAGGGUGUCUCGCGGUCGGCCACCUACGUCAUCGCGUUUCUCAUGUGGAAGGAAGGCUGGGACUUCCGACAGAGUCUCGAGCGAGUCAAGGAAUGCCGACCGAGUUGCGCCCCCAACACCGGCUUCACCGUCAGCCUCAUCAAACUACAGAAGAUCCUUUGCAAUACCCGACCCCCAUCCGUUUCCCGUGAUGAACCCAUGCGGCUGUAUCGUGCCGGCGUGCAUCACCCGAAGGCGCCCUUCACCGUCGUCGUUGAAUUAGGCUCACGAGCAGACAAUAAUAAGUCAGAAUGGACCGUCACACCAAUUCUUCUAGAUUCGCGGUUCGUGUACAUUCUACGACCCAAGACGAGACGAUUCUACGUGUGGGAAGGAAGUGAAGUUACCAUGGGGGUAAGGUCAGCCUUGCUGUCCGCAACCACCAGGUUCCUUAAUAAUGUUCGGCAAUUCGAGUGUGCCCCCGGCGAGCGACUGGAAGUCAUGUACGUCCAACAAGGUGAAGAACCUAACGAGCUUCUCGACAUGCUCAAAGGACCCACCACGACCACCCUGGAAGCGCUGUCGCCGGAAGCGUCGAUGCUUCAAUCUGGAGCGAUAUUUACCUGGGACUCCUGGCUCAACCACUUGCGGCCGACGUCCAAGUAUGCCUUCUUGCCAGCCAAAGUUCUCAGUCCCCCGACCUACACGUGA